GCAGAGAGGGACUGAGUGACACAUUAAUGGUUAACCAGUGUUAUUAAAGGGAGGUGACAAAGGUCGGCAGUGAGGGAGGAAAGGAGGCGAGGAGGCUGCUGCAGCCAUUUUAGCUUUAGCCAUCUCGGUCAUGAAGCUCACUGGACAUGAAGCUCAGGCAGCAUGGUGACACUGAGCUACCUGACUGUGGACGACGUCUGUCCACUGCUUCUUGAGGCUGCAGAGGCGACGACGCCUGCGCCUGUGUCUCACCGGCAGCAGGAGUUCACAGAGACAGAGACGGUGUCCCGGCAGUUCUUUCUCAGCAGGACUCAGAAUCUUGCCUUCAGUCUGGUGUUGUUACUUGGAUGCUACGCAGCCAUUCUGAUUCCCGUAUAUUUACCAGCAGAUCAGACAGGAACUCCAAACACCGAUGAGUUCCAACCUUCCAAAGAUUUGAUUUUAUUCAACAGCUCCACCGCCCUGCUGUCAGGACCUUGUCAGCCUCGCUGGUGCCUGGACCAUCUGAAGUCCCUGUCCUGCUCUUCGGGCCUAAUGGACAUCCCUGUGUUUGUGCAGCAGGACAGACGUGUGUCCUGGGAUCUGUCCCCUCCUCUGGGUCUCCAGGGCAGUGAAGAACAUCUGGCCCUGGCUCUGGCCUCCCUGCCUCAGCAUGGCUUGCCUCCAUCGCUGAGGAGAGAGGGCAGCUGCAGGCGAUGUAUGGUGGUGGGCAACGGAGGGGUUCUUCAUGGGAGUCAUCUGGGAUCUCACAUAGAUCAGUACGACGUCAUCAUCAGGUUAAAUAAUGCUCCAGUUCAUGGCUUUGAAAAGGACGUUGGCUCCCGCACCACCAUCCGUCUCAUUUACCCAGAGGGGGCGCCACAUGUUGCAAAAGACUACAGUAGAACCAGCAUGGUGGCUCUGGUGGUUUUCAAAAGCCUGGACCUGGACUGGCUCACGUCUGUCAUCACCAAACAGCCUCUGAGCUUCUGGUCCAAACUGUGGUUCUGGAGGGAGGUGGUGGAGGACAUUCCUCUGAAACCAGAACAUUUCAGGAUCCUUCAUCCAGAGAUUAUUCACAAGACGGGUCAAGCUCUGCAGAGAUAUGCUAUGAAACCAGGAAAUAUGGUGCCGACGUUGGGUGUGGGAGCAGUGGUCAUGGCUCUGCAGCUGUGUGACCAGGUGAGUCUGGCUGGGUUUGGCUACGACCUGCAGCACCCGCAGGCCCGUCUUCAUUACUACGAGGCCAUACGUAUGGAUGCUAUGAAGGCACAGGUGGUACAUGACGUCAGUGCUGAGAAGCUCUUUCUGAGAGACUUGGUGGCUGCAGGAGCAGUGACUGACCUCACAGGAGCUCUGGGAGUUAGCAGUGCAGAAAGUGACGAUACUGUGGCAACGCCGUGAACUUUGACCUUGGACUUUGGGAUCAAUUCCAGACGAAGAAAAGAAAAGAUGACCAUUUGAUGCUCAGCCUUCAGAAAAGAAUGGAAAACAAAAGGACUGAGCAAUUCAAGGACUAUGCCUUUAAAUCACAACAUACUUGUUACUUAACUGUUCUGUGAAGGUUCUCCUUCUUUCAGGAUUCUUUUCAUCGUUGAAGAUUUAAAAUAAGGCGUCAUGUUCUGAGCAUCAGCAAUCCUCAUCUGACCAUCAGGUACUGCAUCUGGACAUCAAGGAUUAUGAACUGUUACAAGAAUAGACAUCAAAAUAUAACGAAAUAAUGUUACAAUAUGGAAGUAUGUUAAAUCCUGCUCUGUUCAGCUAAGACUGGAACACGCAGAUUAAAGGGUAUUUUAAUGAGAUUAAGCAGUGUAGAAUGAAGUAGCACUAAAACAGACGCAGUACAGAGGGGAACAUACAGGAACUAAAAACUUACUCACCUUAUCCUAAUGGAUAUCGGUUUUGCUCGUGUACCACUAGAGGGAGCCCGUUGAUUAUCACAUUAUAGUCUGCCACUGCCAUGAGGCAUUUGAGUCAAGCGAUCAACACAGCACACGUGUUUACUUUGCUCAGGAAUUGUGGGAGUUUUGGUGCCUGCUCAACACCACAGCCCUGCAGAGAACUGGGAUUCAAACUAGCAAUCAUCCAAUCACAGCUCGGGAUCUUCAACUGCUAAUGGUAGUCUGCCAAUGGUAUAAAAAUAUAAAAUACAUUAUUAAAACGAAUGUAUGUUAAGUAUUUUUUCAUACGCUUUAGUUUUUAUUAUGGAGUACUAAAACAUAUAAAAUACAUUAUUAAAACGAAUGUUAAGUAUUUUUUCAUACGCUUUAUUUUUUAUUAUGGAGUACUAAAAGAGUAAAAACAGCCACAUUAUCAUCAUAACAAACAAAUAAUUGUACAUGUUUAGAAGUGAUAUUGUGAAUGCAACAAAUAAACUGUCCAUGUAAGUGCUAAAAAAAA